UGCAGCGCGCUGUGCUUCGUGGCGGGGCUCGGCUGGUUCCUGGCGCUGGCCUGCCACCCGUUCGCGCUGCGCAUGUACAUGUCGGAGAACGCCAUGGGCUCCACCAUGGUCGAGGAGCAGUUCGCCCACGGCAAGCGCGCCCUCUCGUACGCGCGCGAGUUCGCCGCCCACAAGAAGGCGGCCGGAGGCAUGCCGGUCGCCUGGCUGGAGAAGACCAUGUGGAACCUGGGCCUGGAGGUGUACAAGCAGACCUUUUCCCGCACGCUGCCGUUCCCCGAUGAGACGCGAGAGAGAUUCAUGGUGAAGGGCACCAACGUGUACGGGAUCUUGCGCGCUGCUCGCGCGGCCAGCACGGAGGCCUUGGUGCUGAGCGUCCCCUGCAGCGAGGGCCAGCAGAACAACCAGGCCGUGGGGCUGAUGCUGGCGUUGGCCUCCCACUUCCGAGGCCAGAUCUACUGGGCCAAAGAUAUCAUCUUCCUGGUGAAUGAGCACGACCUGAUUGGGAUGGAGGCCUGGCUGGAGGCGUACCAUGACAUCAACAUCACAGAGGUGUCCUCAUCGGGGACGCUGGGCCGGGCGGGGGCCAUCCAGGCCGCCAUCUCCCUGGAGCUGAGCAGCGACGUCAUCACCAGCCUCGACAUUGCCGUGGAGGGGCUGAACGGGCAGCUGCCCAAUCUGGACCUGGUGAACCUCUUCCACUCUUUCUGUCAGAAGAACGGGCUGCUGUGCACCAUCCAAGGAAAGCUGCAGCGCUCCGACUGGGACUCGCUGCCCGCAUACCUGCACUCGCUGCAGACACUGCUGCUGAUGGUGCUGAAGCAGGGCUCGGGCCGGCCGCAGGGCGACCAUGGCCUCUUCCUGCGCUACCACAUCGAGGCCAUUACGGUGCGCGGAAUCAACAGCUUCCGGCAGUACAAGUUUGAUAUGGGCAUGAUGGGCGCAACCUUGGAGGGAAUGUUCCGGAAGCUGAACAACUUGCUGGAGCGCCUGCACCAGUCCUACUUCUUCUACCUGCUGCCCUCGCUCUCCCGCUUCGUCUCGAUCGGGCUGUACAUGCCGGCUUUUGGCUUUCUGAUCCUCAUCCUGGUCCUUAAGGGCUUGGACCUGUGGAUGAAGCUCAGCAGGUGCGACGCGGACCCGGACGGUCCACUGUGCGACGGCGACCAGCGUCCUGGCCCAGGGGCUGCAGAGGAGCCGAAGCCCAGCCUGCUGACGCUGGUGCCCCCCCUGCUGAUCUGCCACGCCACGGGACUCGCCCUCUACUUCGUGCCGAUCCUGGGGCAGCACAUGGCCACGCAGCACUUCCCUGUCUCCGAGUCGGAGGCCGUGGUGCUCACGGUCAUCGCCAUCUACGUGGCAGGCCUGGCCCUGCCCCACAACACGCCCAGGGUCCUGCUGGGCUCGGGAAGCGACCGCGGCUGGAUGACGCUGAAGCUGCUGUCCCUCCUGUACUUGGCGAUGCAGCUGAGCUGCAUGGCGCUGAUCAACUUCUCCCUGGGCUUCCUGCUGGCCGUCACCAUGGUGCCCGUGGCCGCGCUCAUACAGCCCACCGGGCCCAGGUGCCUCUACGCCGUGCUGCUGGUGCUGGUCACGCCGGCCGCCACGCUGCUCUUCUGCAUCUUCCUGUACCAGGAGCUCACCGAGUACCCCAUCUCGGCAUUGGAGGGCUGGCAGCGCUUCCUGCAGGCCAUCGCAGAGGGCCUGCUGGACCACCACCUCUACGGCUCCAUUGUCUUCCCCUUCGUGGCUCUCUUCGUCUACCCCUGCUGGCUGCUGCUGUGGAACGUGCUCUUCUGGAAGUAGCCCGCUGAGGGCGGCUUCCGGGCCCAGGCCGGCCUCUGGCCCGGCUCUCUCGGCCAGGCUUCCACAGAGGCAGCCCCCACGGGGCGCACGGCCUGGAGGCCUCUGGUGCUUCCAGGCAAGGCUUUGGGGCAGGGCAGGGCAGGGCAGGGCAGGGCAGGCGGGUGGGGCAGGGCAGGGCAGGGGCAGCGGUGCCAAGCCCAGCAGCCGAGAAGCCAGAUCUGCUGCUGUCUUGGCAGUUUCCAAGGCCACGGCAACCCGCUGGUUCUCAGCAGUUCUGAGGCAUGGUGGGAAGGCGCCACCUUUGCUCGCAGGUGGCAGAACCCGGAAGCCUGGGGGGGAAAGGUGCUGGCUGUGGUGCGGUUCAGUCGCUCUACUGCUCAGCUGAGGAGUGAUUGUACUUUUUGGGGAAAGAAAGAAAACAUCCACACUCAGGGGCACGGCUGAUCCUUCCCAGGGCAGUUGCUGCUGUGUGGCCAGAGACUGGCUCUGGUGUUCAAGAAUGUCCCGAAUGAGGUGCUGGGGUGGGGGUGGGCUGAUCAGGUGCCCCAGCAAAGGGAAGGGCUUUGUACGAUACUUGGAAAUAAAGGCCUUUGAAAUGCCA